AUGGCUGUGGCACGCAAAAUAAAAACGUUGCUCACGGUUAACAUUUUUGUUUUUGUGGGGAUCAUAUUGUUCUCAGUGUACUGCAGAAUACAAGACCGUUCUGAGGAACUCAUUCAGAUCGGCAGGAUAUCAGACCAGAGACUGAGAACCAGGAAUGGAAAAGUGUCCAAUUUAGUGGACAGGCAGUCUAUACUUCAGAGGCUGGAGCGGCUCGAGGACGUUGUCUACAACCAAUUAAACGGGCUGGCGAAGCCCAUGGGGCUGGUGGAGGGGCCUGGGGGGCUGGGCCAGGGAGGAGCAGCUGCCACUCUGGGCGACGACAGCCAGGUUGACGGGGAGGGGAAGUACGAGGAGUACGGCUACAACGCCCAGCUCAGUGACCGCAUAUCCCUGGAUCGUAGCAUCCCGGACUACAGACCCAAAAAGUGCAAGCAGUUGACCUACCCAGAGGACCUCCCUCAGAUCUCAGUGGUGUUCAUCUUUGUGAACGAGGCCUUGUCGGUCAUCUUGCGGUCCGUCCACAGCGUGGUCAACCACACCCCUGCACACCUUCUCAAGGAGAUCAUCCUGGUGGACGACAACAGCGACAGUGUGGAGCUGAAGUUCAACCUGGACCAGUAUGUGAACAAGCGUUACCCAGGCCUGGUAAAGAUUGUCCGCAACAGUAAGAGGGAGGGCCUGAUUCGAGCCAGGAUACACGGCUGGAACGCUGCAACAGCCCCGGUCGUAGGCUUCUUUGAUGCCCAUGUAGAGUUCAACACUGCCUGGGCGGAGCCUAUCCUGACCAGAGUGAAGGAGGACCACACCCGGAUCAUCCUCCCGGCCAUCGACAACAUCAAGUUCAACACGUUCGAGGUGCAGCAGUACGCCAACGCGGCCCACGGCUACAACUGGGGCCUGUGGUGCAUGUACAUCAUCCCCCCUCAGGAGUGGCUGGACAAGGGCGACGAGACAGCCCCCAUCAGGACACCAGCUAUGAUCGGCUGCUCCUUUGUGGUGGACAGAGAAUACUUUGGCCAGAUCGGCCUCCUCGAUCCUGGCAUGGAAGUCUAUGGAGGCGAGAACAUUGAGCUUGGCAUGCGCGUGUGGCAGUGCGGCGGGAGCAUGGAGGUGCUGCCCUGCGCCAGAGUGGCUCACAUCGAGCGGACAAAGAAGCCGUACAACAAUGACAUUGACUACUAUGCCAAGAGGAACGCCCUGCGGGCCGCCGAGGUCUGGAUGGACGAGUACAAGUCCCACGUCUACAUGGCCUGGAAUAUCCCCAUGAAUAACCCUGGGGUUGACUAUGGGGACGUGUCUGAGCGGGUAGCCCUGAGGAAGAGGUUGCAGUGUCGGAGCUUCCACUGGUACCUGGAAAAUGUCUACCCAGAGAUGCGCAUCUACAACAACACAAUCACAUAUGGGGAGGUCAGGAACAGUAAGGCCAGUGGCUACUGUCUGGACCAGGGAUCAGAGGACGAUGACAAAGCCAUUCUCUACCCCUGCCACGGGAUGUCCUCACAGCUUGCCCGUUACUCAACAGAGGGCCUGCUGCAGUUAGGACCCCUAGGGUCAACCACCUUCCUGCCCAAUACAAAAUGUCUCAUUGACGACGGAAGAGGGCGCACGCCCAGCUUGAAAAAAUGUGACUCUGUUUCGCGGGUUUCGCAGAGGCUGUGGGAUUUUACACAGAAUGGUCCAAUCAUCAGCAGGGACACUGGACGGUGCCUGGAGGUGGAGAUGUCCAAAGAUGCCAACUUUGGCCUUCGACUGGUGGUGCAGAGGUGUUCUGGUCAAAAGUGGAUGAUACGGAACUGGAUAAAGCAUCCAAGGCAUUGA